UAAUCCUCUCUUUGCCACAACCAAUUCACAAACUUAACUUCUCUCACAUACUUUGAAUCUAGUUCUCUAAAAGAAAUUCAAAGUAUCACAAGUUUCUUUUUAGGUUCAAAUUCAUGGAGGAAAUUGAUGUUCCGCAGUAUUUUCUGUGCCCAAUCUCUUUGGAGAUCAUGAAAGAUCCGGUGACGGUGGCAACGGGGAUUACUUAUGAUCGUGAAAGCAUCGAGAAAUGGUUAUUUUCCGGCAAAAAUAAUACUUGUCCGGUGACAAAACAAGUGUUGUCAACCGAUUGUUGUGAGUUGACCCCGAAUCACACUGUUCGGCGGCUGAUUCAAUCGUGGUGUACUCUCAACGCUUCUUAUGGCAUUGAAAGAAUUCCAACGCCGAAGCCGCCGAUCAACAAAGCUCAGAUUUCAAAGCUCAUAAGAGAUGCAAAAUCAUCGCCGCAGUUGCAGGUUAAGUGCCUGAGGAGACUGAGAUCAAUCGCUUCGGAAAAUGAUACAAACAAACGCUGCUUUGAGGCUGCAGGCGCGGUCGAGUUCUUGGCGUCGAUUGUGAUGAGCAACACUUAUUUUGUAUCUUUUGAAGAAUCAAACGGAGACGGAUUCGAUUUCACCCGGCUGAGCGAUGAAGCCUUAAGCAUUUUGUGCAAUCUUCAAUUAUCCGACAUCGGGUUGAAGAAUCUCUUGAACAAAAAUGUGGGAUUUAUUGAAUCGUUGACACAAAUCAUGCAACGUGGAACCUUCGAGUCUCGAGCUUAUGCAGUUUUGUUACUGAAAUCAAUGCUUGAAGUGGCGGAUCCCAUCCAUCUCAUAAACUUAAGCCCCCAAUUCUUCAUCGAAAUCAUCCAAAUUUUGCGUGACCAAAUCUCCCACCAGGCCUCAAAAGCCGCACUGCAAUCACUCAUCAAUCUUCUUCCAUGGGGUAGGAACCGAGUGAAAGCAGUCGAAGCCAGCGCCGUUUCGAUCCUUAUCGAUCUUCUCUUGGAGAAAUCCGAGAGGCGGGAUUGCGAGCUCAUGCUAAUGACGAUUGAUUUUCUUUGCCAAUGUGCGGAAGGAAGAGCCGAGCUGUUGAAGCACGGGGCGGGAAUGGCCAUCGUAUCGAAGAAGAUACUUAGGGUUUCGCAGGUGGCGAGUGAAAGGGCUGUGAGGAUUUUGCUUUCCAUUUCGAAGUUCUCGGCGACCCCCGGUGUUCUUCAAGAGAUGUUGCAGAUUGGUGUUGUGGCGAAAUUGUGUUUGGUGCUUCAAGUUGAUUGUAGCAACAAGACGAAAGAUAAAGCUAGAGAAAUACUGAAAAAUCACGCUCGGGCAUGGAAGAAUUCUCCAUGUAUACCGAAUAGUUUGGUUGUAUCAUAUCCAGUAGCUUGAUUGAUUCAGUGAGAUCGUUAAGGAGAGGAAGAGAAUCAUCAAUUUGAUUCACUUUUUUCUCUAUUUUACUUUUAUUUUCCAUUUUUUGUAUAUAAGUUGUUGAUUAUACAAUUAUAAAAACAGAUUUAGAUGAAUCAAAAGUUGUGUCCACUAAAUGUUUCGUGACAAAUGCAAUUUUUGUUUUUAAUUUCAA